UUUUAUCCAUCGGAUACAUUUUAUUUAUAUAUAUAUAUGUGUGGAUGUAUAAUUUGUAGUAUAUAUUUGGAGCUGACGUGGCGUGUAUCAAAUAAGUUAUAAGUCGCAACAAAUGAACACCAAAACGAUGCGUCUCCCUCCUCGACGGGUUCCCGAUUCUAUGCCCAACAACAACAAUAAGCGCAAAGAGAGACGGUUUUGACCUCAAACAGUUAACCCCUCCUCCGCCCACAAAACCGUCCAUGCUAGCCGCAGCAGCCGCCGCUCACCCGGUUCUACCCAACCAGCUCCUCGCCGGAUACCUCGCCCACGAGUUCCUCACCCGCGGGACGCUCCUCGGCCAGCCAUGGGACUCGACACGACCGUUACAAACGGCCGCCGAAUCCAGGAGGGCGGUCGGAGGAAAAACCGAGCCGACGGAGAGAUCCGCGACGGGCGACGCCGAGCCGGAGCCGAAGCCGAGGGAGGAGAACAAGCGUCAAAGGUACGUGGAAGUGGCGAGUUUGCUGAAGACCGAUGGGACCUACGUUCCCGGCAUCGUCAACCCGAGCCAGCUCUUUCGUUUCUUAGAGAUGUAAGGUUGGUUUUUUAUACGUGGCGACAUCUCAUUGGACGUAGGUUUUUCCCCCCAAGUGCCAAAGUUCCAACAACGAGAUUGAAUUCUUGUUAGAGCAUUCUUCGUUUUCUUCUCCGUCUUUGCUCAUACCGGAGAAGUUCUCUUGUGGAAUAUACGUAGCCAUAACUGAUAACUCGUAAGCAUAGCUCUUCAGUUUUCCUUUAAUUGUGCAUUUGAUGUUUUCGCUUAUAUUCUGAAUGAACAUUCAAAUGAUAAUCUCGGAAUUUCAUAA